ACCAACGUUCCUAGAAUCGCGGUGACAAGAUCUGGUACCAUUUUUUGGUAAUAAAAUUUUCCGGUUACAAAAUCUUUGGUAACGUGCAGAACAGAUCUGUUAAACGAAAUAAUAUUCAUCGCAGUGCCAUAUUAUCAGUGACACAAACUAAAAAGAGCGGAUCAUAAAUUGAACGAGAUCACUAUCAGGAUAAUAUCGUUGUUGUUGCAUUUGCGUACACAUUUUUUCCGGAUCCCGAUCAUUGCCCACGAAAACACAACAAAUAUUUUGCGUGAGAUUUCUUUUGUAGAGGGUGUGAGCGCCACUGUAUGUAUUUACAUACAUUCCUACAUAUGUACAUUGUAUGUAUGUAUGUAUACAAAGCAGCGCCCUCGCUUGCAAUUGUUCUGCGGGCCGACGAAACUGAUUGCGUUUACACGCCAAUGGAAAAUUCUGCCAAACAUCCGCGUGAUGGAAAUUCCAUGUUGGCGCCAAUACUUUUUUUCUAUAGUGCCAGAGAUUGGAAAUUGGGGAAAAAAUAUUAUUUACGAUAUUUGUGGUAACCAAGUGUACAAAUGGAUCCUCCCCAAAGGAAACGUGGUAGGCGCGCUGAAAUCUGCGCCGAUGAAUACGUAGAGUCUGUGCUGAAAUUUAAGGACAGGCUAAUUGAGGGCCAUAAAAUUGUUCCUGCCUCGAACAGUGUUUGGCAAGACAUAGCAAAUUUGUUUAACAAUAAAGUGAAAAGUGCAUCUAUUCAUGCUUUGACUGUUAGUAAUCGAUACGGACUCCUUGAUAAAUUACUCGGUCGCAAAAUAUUCGAAACUGUUUCGAAUGAUGAAUCUACGAACGAAAUUUGUGACGAUAGCAAUCGCGAUCUGGACACGACUUUGCCCAAGAAAUUAUUUUUUACGUUGACGCUUGGGAAAACAGAAUUCAAAGAAUUGCUCAGCGAAACGUCGUAUUACAUCACUUCGAAUGGAAAAAAAAGAAAAUUACGAAAAUAUACAAUUUUGCAGCAAGAAAAAUGGAGUGAAAUUCUGGCUAAAAAAAUGUAUGAUGAGUGCAGAUUACAGCACGUAUUUAAUUUCAAAACCCAUUACAUUUACCGUGAUGCGACCGGCGGAUCUUGUAAAGAUCGUGUUAUAGCAAUUGAACCAGCUCAAAUCUCUGGGCCUUUACAGCUCGACAAGAUCCCGAAAUGUUUGCGUGCUGGCGAGGAAACUCUUAAACUGGUUGGAUGCGUCGGCUUUAGGGUGUAAACAAUACUGGAUCGCGAUGCUCAACCAACUUGGGCCACUACAUCGGCAUCGCCUUCCGAAGAGGAAAGAUUAUAAUAUACGAUGACCUAAACGACAGAGAGAUAGCUACAAAGUCAACGCACAAAAUAGUGCUAAGUCUUUUAAUUUAUGUAAUUAUAUAAAUAA